AUUUGAAUUUGAUCCAUCUAUUUGUUUUAAAUAAUAAAUGACUCUCCUAUAAAUUUACAAUAAAAAACACGUGUACAUAGUACGAAAUACACAGUUGAGUGGUGAUUUAUGAACGGGGAUUAAAGGACAGCAAAUUACAAAAGAACCAUUUUGUUAUUUUUCCUUCCAAACCAAUGCUUGUUUGAUGAUGUCAAUGCUAGAUCCAUUUCCUUUUGGGUACAAUAAUACGAGUCAAUGUACCUGGACACCAUCUUCACAUGAGAUGCUAACACCUUAUAACAUCCUCAAACCCUUCCAUUUUCCCCAAAUCCCUUUAGCAAGCAGAGUCCGCCGUGCUCUGACGUCGAGGAUCCCGGCAAUCAUGGCUUCCGAGUCAUCCGCCGCCGCGGCCGUAACUCGGCCGCAGCCCAUUUCGACUCAGAGCGGCGCUCCUCAGCCUGUCCAGGUCGCAAAGCGUCUCGAAAAGUUCAAAACGACAAUCUUCACCCAAAUGAGCAGCCUCGCCAUCAAGCACAACGCCAUCAACCUCGGACAAGGCUUCCCCAAUUUCGACGGCCCCGAUUUCGUCAAGGAGGCCGCCAUCCAAGCCAUCCGUGACGGCAAAAACCAAUACGCCCGAGGCUACGGAGUCCCCGACCUAAACCUCGCCAUCGCCAACCGUUUCAAAAAAGAUACAAACCUCUCAAUCGACCCCGAGAAAGAAGUCACCGUCACCUCCGGCUGCACGGAGGCAAUCGCCGCCACAAUCCUCGGGCUAAUAAACCCCGGGGACGAAGUUGUCAUUUUCGCCCCAUUCUACGACUCGUACGCGGCUGCGCUAUCCAUGGCAGGCGCAGAACUAAAAUCAAUCACCCUAAAACCCCCGAACUUCUCCCUCCCGAUCGACGAGCUAAAAUCGACUGUCUCGAAAAAAACCCGCGCGAUUUUAAUGAACACUCCCCACAACCCGACGGGCAAAAUGUUCACGCGUGACGAGCUCGACGAGAUCUCGUCCUUAUGCGUCGAGCACGACGUGCUCGUUUUCUCGGACGAGGUUUACGACAAGUUGGCUUUCGAGAUGGAUCACGUCUCGAUCGCGUCACUUCCCGGGAUGUUCGAGCGGACGGUGACUAUGAACUCUCUAGGGAAGACUUUCUCGUUAACGGGCUGGAAGAUUGGGUGGGCCGUAGCCCCGGCCCAUUUGACGUGGGGAGUGAGGCAGGCCCAUUCUUAUUUGACCUUCGCGACGUCGACGCCUAUGCAGUGUGCUGCGGUUGCGGCGCUUAACGCGCCCGACUCGUAUUACGAGGAGCUGAGGAGGGAUUACUUGGCGAAGAAGGAGAUUCUGGUGGAGGGGUUGAAGGGAGUGGGGUUUGAGGUUUAUCGGUCGAGCGGGACGUAUUUUGUGGUGGUGGAUCAUACGCCGUUUGGGAUGGAUGAUGACGUGGCAUUUUGUGAGUAUUUGAUUAAGGAGGUUGGGGUUGUGGCUAUACCGACGAGCGUGUUCUAUUUGGAUUCGGAGGAAGGGAAGAAUCUGGUGAGGUUUACCUUUUGUAAGGAUGAAGGAACUCUCAGGGCUGCGGUCGAGAGGAUGAAGGCGAAGCUGGUGGUGAAGAAAUGAGUGAAUGGUGGUGUUUUGUGCUGUGGUUUGUCGGGUAAUUUUUUCCUUUAUGCAUUUGCUUGGUGAAAAUUUAUGGAUUACAACAGUUCAAGACUCGUAAUUUCCACGUUACUUAGUGUGUUUGGUAUGUAACGUAAGCUAGCUUAUGAGUUUAUAUAGAGGGAUUAUGAGCUUCUUGUAUUCAAACAGGUCUCAUCGUCUGGUUUGGCAGAGAUUUUUUUUUUUUUUUUUUNAUAAGUUGGAAUGGAGCUAAUCUGGACAUG